AUGGCGCCAGUGCGGCGGCGGGGUGGGCGUGGCAAGGGCCGGGGCGGGGUGCCCUGUGUGCCUGCGUCGCGCAUGGACCGCGGCGUCGCCUUCACCCUGGACUUCCUCACGGAGCUUGUCGGUGAUCCCGCCGUGCAGAAGUCCACCGUGCUGUCGGUGAUGCAGUACGCCAUUCGCAAGGGGCUGGCGCGGCGCCGGGGUCGGGACUGGUACCAGCUGCUGUUCCUCGGAGGUCACGGAGAGCCCAGCGACCGAGAGGAGAGCGAAGUCAUCAAGACGUCGGGAGGCAAGUCUCCUGCCCAGGCGUCCCGCACGCCCUCCAUCACCAACCUUUCGGAGUCUUCCCCCGACGCAGACGCGGAGGAGCGACAGGAACCAGCAGCGGAGGGAAAGACGCAGGAGGAGGUGGACAACCGAGGAAUAGAGUCCGUACUCUGGCCGCUCCGCAGUAGGCUCAGUGAUGAGGAGCGACAACGGGAGCCGGGCGCCCGGCCCCGCCCCGCCUCAGCCCUGACCCGCGCGCGCGCCAAGGCGAAGCGCGGGCGGAGAACCAAAGCGACCGCACGCUCCUAG